AUGCCGAAAGAACAGUUUCGAGAAGCGGAUGUGAUUAAGAAAAUUUCGCACGUUUCGUUCAAUAUUGACAGCGCCCAGCAGAUCCAACAGGAGGCUCAUCUGCAUGUCGUGGCCAAAAAUUUAUACAACCAAAAUGCAGAACGCACACCGGUCGCCUACGGAGUAUUGGACCGACGGAUGGGAGUAAGUCAAAAGGACGCCACAUGCGAAACGUGUAAAAAAGGUUUAAAUGACUGUGUGGGGCACUUCGGUUACAUCGAUCUGGCGCUGCCAGUGUUUCAUAUCGGCCACUUCCGAGCAACGAUUACCAUCCUCCAGUCAAUAUGUAAAGUAUGCUCGCGGGUAAUGUUGAAGGAGGAGGAAAAGAAACACUUUAGCGCUCGCUUGGUCAAUCCCAACCUGUCAUAUCUGGCAAAGAAAUCGAUCCACAGCCAGGUGCUGAAGAAGGCGAAGAAAAGCACCAAAUGUCCCUGCUGCGGCAGUCUGAACGGUCCGGUCAAAAAAGGUCCAGGACUGAUGAAGAUCGUGCAUGAACCGUUUCGAGGGAAGAAACCAUCCGAUCCGCUGGUCACCAACGCCCUUCACCAGAUGCAAGCGGCUAUAGAAUCGAACCGCGAACUUUCGCAAACGGUCGUUGGCCCUGCUUCUCUGUCGAAGGAACUGAAUCCGGUGGAGGUGCUGGAUUUGUUUAGAAAUAUUCCAAAAAGCGACGUACCACUGCUUGGCAUGACGUCUUCACAAUCGAAUCCAGCCGAUCUGAUUGUGACCCGCGUUUUUGUGCCGCCGGUGUGCAUUAGACCUUCAGUCGUAUCGGAAGUGAAGGCAGGUACGACCGAGGAUGAUUUAACGAUGAAGCAGAGCGAAAUAUUGCUCAUCAGCGACGUGAUUGCAAAACAUAUGAUGACCGGCGGCAAGAUAGAGUUAAUCCAAGAGGACUGGGAUUAUUUGCAGCUCCAUUGCGCACUGUAUUUUAACAGUGAGCUGUCCGGUAUCCCGCAUUCGCUUAUGCCGAAAAAGCCCACACGCGGUAUUGUGCAACGGUUGAAAGGAAAGCAGGGCCGUUUCCGAGGAAAUCUCUCGGGGAAACGAGUUGAUUUUUCAGCCCGUACUGUAAUUUCUCCCGAUCCAAAUUUGAUGAUUCACCAAGUGGGUGUACCGGAUAGGGUAGCAAAAAUUCUUACCUUUCCGGAAAAAGUAAAUACGGCUAAUAUUAAUCGUAUGCGGCAGUUAAUUCGCAACGGCACGGAAAAACACCCAGGAGCGAACUAUGUGCAGCAGAAAGGAAGCGCGUUCAAAAAGUAUCUCGCGUACGGAAAUCGGGAUAAGGUAGCGCAAGAUCUCAAGUGCGGCGAUAUCGUCGAGCGGCACCUAAUUGACGGUGAUGUCGUGCUGUUCAAUCGUCAGCCAAGCUUGCACAAACUCAGCAUUAUGUGUCAUGUCGCCAAAGUGCAACCGCAGCGUACAUUUCGCUUUAACGAAUGUGCCUGCACACCGUACAAUGCUGAUUUUGACGGGGACGAAAUGAACCUUCACCUGCCCCAAACCGAAGAGGCACGUGCCGAAGCGCUCGUUCUGAUGGGCAACAAGUCGAACCUGGUAACGCCACGCAACGGAGAGCUACUGAUUGCGGCAACACAAGACUUCAUCACCGGUGGAUAUCUGCUGACGCAAAAGGAUCAAUUUUUAACCCGCGAGCAGGUGAUGCAGCUGGCCGCUUGCAUGUUGUCCGGACCGGAUGCGAACAUGAUGAUCGAUCUGCCCAGACCGGCCAUUCUGAAGCCCCGCAAGCUGUGGACCGGUAAGCAAAUAUUUAGCCUCAUCCUCAAACCAAACAGUCAGUCCACCGUCAACGCGAACCUGUCCACCAAGGGCCGUAACUACACAAAAGAUACUGACCUGUGUGUGAAGGAUUCGUGGGUCGUCAUUCGAAAUUCGCAGCUUUUGUGCGGUGCCAUGGACAAGGGAACGCUUGGUUCGGGCACGAAAAACUGUAUCUUUUAUGUGAUUUUGCGCGACUUUGGCGAGGAUCAUGCGAUUAGAUCGAUGUGGCGGCUGGCAAGAAUGGCAUCGUAUUUUAUGAUGAACCAUGGCUUUUCGUUUGGCAUCGGUGACGUUACCCCUAGCCGGAAGCUGCUUGAAGAAAAGCAAAAACUGUUGGAAAACGGCUACCGCAAGUGCGACGAGUAUAUUGCGGAGAUGAAGAAGGGAACGUUGCAGUGUCAGCCGGGCUGUACUGCGGAACAAACUUUGGAAGCGGUCAUGCUGAAAGAGCUGUCCAGCAUUCGUGAGCUAGCGGCAAAAGCAUGCUUUCGAGAGUUACACCCAACGAACAGCGCACUUAUUAUGGCCCAGUCGGGUUCGAAAGGAUCGAAUAUCAAUAUCUCACAAAUGAUUGCCUGUGUCGGUCAGCAGGCCAUUAACGGUAAACGAGUACCGAAUGGGUUCGAGGACCGGGCGUUGCCUCAUUUUGAAAAGUUUUCUAAGAUUCCUGCCGCACGAGGUUUUGUGCAGAACAGCUUCUACUCAGGUCUGACACCAACCGAAUUCUUCUUCCACACCAUGGCUGGUCGAGAGGGAUUGGUAGAUACGGCGGUCAAGACAGCAGAAACGGGAUAUUUACAGCGGCGGUUGGUGAAAUGCCUUGAAGAUUUGGUCGUCCAGUAUGACGACACCGUCCGGAAUGCCAUCGGCGAGGUAGUUGAAUUUACGUACGGUGCCGAUGGGCUGGAUCCAGUCUACAUGGAGGUGAAGAAUAAACCGGUGGAUAUCGAAAGACAAUUUAUGCACGUACGCAACUCGCUUCCCUGUCGAGAUGAAUUGCCUCUACGUGGAGAGGAAGUGAUCAGCGUAGGAAAGCAAAUUUUGGCCAAACCGGAGUUUUCUAAAUGUAGUGCCAAUUUUCAUCGGGAAUGUCAGAUAUUUUUGGAAAAGUUUGGCGUCCGCUUAGCUACGAUUCAACGGCUAUAUCGCAACGGAUCAAAAGUGGCGAUGGAAGUGGAGCGCACAACUGCCGGUCAAGUAGAACAGUUUCUUUUGCAAGUUCGCAAUAAGUACAGCAAGGCCAUAACCGAACCGGGAACGGCCGUCGGUGCACUGGCAGCACAAAGUAUCGGUGAACCCGGUACCCAGAUGACGCUGAAAACGUUUCACUUUGCCGGUGUUGCGUCCAUGAACAUCACACAAGGAGUACCCCGUAUUGUGGAAAUCAUUAACGCUUCUAAGGCUAUUUCCACCCCAAUCAUAACGGCGGAGAUUGAGAACGAAACCAACAUGGAGUUCGCGCGUAAAGUAAAGGCUCGGAUCGAAAAAACGACGCUGGGAGAAAUUUCGUCCUUCAUAGAAGAGGUCUACAAGACGGAUGAUUGUUUUCUGCUCAUUAAGCUCGAUCUGGAUCGCAUCCGGGUGCUUGGUUUGGAGGUGAAUGCCGAAACUAUACGAUAUUCCAUUUGUACGUCUAAAUUGAAAUUGAAACAGGACAAUGUGGAUGUUUGUGGCUCUUCCAUUAUCACCAUCCGCCCGGACAGCAGUAAGCACAGCCACAGCUUAAAUGCGGAACUGCAGCGUCUCACCACUGCGAUACCGAACGUGGUGGUGGCCGGUCUGCCUCAGGUAUCGCGCGCCGUUAUCGCUGUCGAUGAUUCCCGUGGUACGCCGAAAUAUCGACUGUGCGUCGAAGGCUGUGGGUUGCGCGAUGUCAUGGCCACGUUCGGUGUGAUUGGAAGCAAGACCAAGAGCAAUAACAUCAUCGAGGUGUACCAGACGCUGGGAAUAGAGGCUGCCCGAACCACCAUCAUGACAGAAAUUACCGAGGUGAUGGAAGGGCAUGGUAUGAGUGUGGACCAUCGGCACAUUAUGCUGCUGGCCAGUCAAAUGACGUCGCGUGGUGAAGUGCUUGGAAUAACGCGCCACGGUUUAGCGAAGAUGCGCGAGUCUGUAUUUAAUCUUGCAUCGUUCGAAAAGACGGCGGACCAUCUGUUCGAUGCGGCCUACUACGGUCAAACGGAUUCGGUAGAUGGCGUUUCGGAGCGUAUUAUAUUGGGAAUGCCGGCAUCGAUCGGUACCGGAUUGUUUAAGCUUAUCCACAACCACAACGAUACGCAACUGGAACCAAUUAAGGAGCUUAUUUUCAAUAUGGUUCUGGGAGAGUGAUGGAA